AUGGCUUCUGGUCACAAUGCACAAAGAUCCCAGCAGAGCAGCAAUAUAAUCACCUUGAAUGACUCCGACGAUGAAGCCGAGGAUAGUAGCGGCAAUAACUUGGGUGGUAGCAACAAUAGUUCCAGUGCUUCGCUGAAUUUGUGUAGGGUCUGCGGUGCUGAAAAAGCUGCCCAUCACUACGGUGCUCUCAGCUGUGUAGGAUGUAAAGGAUUUUUUCGUCGAGCACUUUUAAAAGCGGACCAAUUGGAGUGUGCGGCCAAUGGAGAGUGUACAGUUAGUAUUUUGCAAAAAAUCCAAUGUCGAAGUUGUCGAUUUCAAAAGUGUCUACGAGAAGGAAUGAAUCCAGCGUUCGUCCGCCCGAAUCGAGAUGCACCUCCAAAACCUCGAAAACCGGUAACUACAGUAGCCACAUGCGACCUAACCGAUCGUGGCAGGACCACAAAAACACGGGAAGAAUGGAUGAAAAAGAUGACAGUGGAGAUGAGAACGAUUCUAAUGACUUUAUUGAAUAUAGAAACAAAAGUGAUGAAAGGAGACACUCAGCAAGAGGCAUCGAAGUUGUAUCCGCUUAAAGGAGUGGAUAAAUUGAAGGAGAUGAUUGAGAAGCCGAUGAGUUUGAAGGGAAAACGAACGGAAAUGAGAUAUGAGGCUUAUCGAAUGGCUGGAAAUGAUGAAUUAUGUGCAAUUGCUUAUCGAAGAUUGAUAGCUGCGAUUGAUUGGGUGGAGAGCUUGUCUCCAUUGUUGGGACAUUUGAGUGUGGAGGAUAAGAUCGCUCUGGUCAAGUCAUCAUUCGCUCCCUUGAUGGUGUUCAAUUUCUGUGCCAGGACAGCAGAAGCGUGUCAAGAUGAGAAUGUGUUAUGCCUUUGUAAUUUUGCAUAUGUACCAAGAAAUAUUUCAAAGAUGUAUGAGGAUACGUACCACCUCGGAAAUGGUCUUGUCGAACGAGCACUAAACGAACUCGUGGCUGUCUACAGGGAGUACGGUAUGCGGGAAGAAGAAAUCGUCUGUGUGAAUGCGAUGAUUUGUUUGAAUCCACUCGCCAAAGAUGUGUCGGAUACGCUUUUUGAGAAAAUUGUGGAGUUGAGAAAUCGAAUUGCGGACUGCUUGUUUUCAAUUGUGAAGGAAGUCAGGUUGAGCCCAACACCAAACGUUUGUUAUGGACAUAUUUUGCUAUCAUUGGCUACUGUAACGGAACUAGCCAAUGCAAUGAGCGAGAACCUCCAGUUCGCUCAAACAUUUUCGAAUCAAGGAGAAAUUCCAUUAUUAACAGAUUUGUUUGGAUGUUUCACAGUUGAACCAUUUUUCAAAGAAGUCGAUGAAUUGGCAGCGUUGAGUUUGGAAAAAGCAAUGGCAGAGAAAAAAGAAAUGGCGACGCAGACAGAUAGAAAACGCCAGGCCACAAUCGACGAGGAAAGUGAGGAGCCACCUCGACAGAAUUUCCGCCUUCUACAACCCCCAAACAAUUUUUAUAUCACCGAAAUGUUGGAUGAUUUGAGAGCACCGUCCUCCUAUCCCCUCUCGUCCCCCGACACUCAAGCACCAAUGGUACCUAACAAUGGUACACCAAUGAACAAUCACGCGGAGAACCAUCUGAUGGGAUUGAACUACGAUGCAUCUACAGUACCCAUGGGGCCAAGUACCGUAACCCAACAGUACCCUGCAGAUCAGCCAUCCACGUCAGCGGGACCUUCAAACGCCUAUUACAACUUCCCACCACCCCCUAACUAUCCCCCGUUGAACGCUGGCUACACCCCAAAUGUUAAUUACCCCCAAUUAUAUCAACAACCUCAAUAUUUUCAAAAUUAUCAACAUUCUACAGAACCUUAUCCAUAUCAACCCCAGGAACCAUAUUUUUAUAAUAGCCAAAAUUCGUCACAAAACUAUAACCAGUUUCAGAAUCAAUAUGCGUCUUAA